UUGGUAACUGUUGCAUUCAACGCUUCGUUCGCUCUCCAACCGAAUUAAUAUUAUAUUUGUUCGACACAUUUCGUACUCGCAGUCGUACUUGCUCGUCUCGUUCAUUCGUUCGUUCGCUCGUUCGUUGCGUUUGCUUCGCUUCGUUUCGAUUUCGGUGAUUCGUACUUUUCGUUCUUUCGCCCACGCUGCUUGCAUGUGUGCGUGUGGUGUAUGAGUAUCUGAGUGUGUGUGCGUGUAUGUUUAUGUAGUUGGAGCCGGUAACCGAACGUCGUUCAACGUCAUCGUCAUCAAUUUCAUAACGUCAUUUCGUUUUGGCCGUGCGCUGUGCGUGUAUCUGUAGCCAUAGUCGCACUCAACUGCAUUUGUAUCUGUAUCUGUUUAUAUACGAAGUAUCUGCAUCUGUGACUAGCUAGUCAGCCGGACUUGCGUCUUUUGUCCCUGAAUUUUUACUGGUUUCGUGUCAACUGCCAGUUUCGGCGCGAAGAGUAAAGUAAAGUUAAAAAGAACACACGAUAAAAAUCCUUUUACCCCAUUGUACGAGACAGUGGGCGUUUAUUUACAAACAAAGUGAAAAAGUCAGCCAAAAAGAGUUGAAGAAACUCGCAAAAUUGUGCUCGACAGUGCGCGCUAAAAGUAAACACAUAUAAAAUAUAUGCACACAAACAACACACAUACACAACUUAAAUCCACGUAUACAUAUUCACAAAGGCUGCAACGGCCGUAAAGUGCCCCCCACUUCAACUAAAGCGACACAUUUUAUGCUUGAAAAGCUAAACAACAACAGCAACAACAACAACAACAACAAGAGAAAUAACUAAGCUCUUUGCCAAAUACGCGAGAGUGAAAAAAAAUUUUUUAUAAAAAUCCCCCACAUAAUAAUAAUAAUAAUAAAAAAAAGUCGCUUUGGCCCAAAGGCAAAAAGUAACGUCAAAUAUUAAAGUGCACAUAUUGGGAUUACAGGAGCUCCAAAAAGCAGAAGAAGAAGAAGAAGCAACAUGAAAAUGUCACGGAUCAUUUUAGUAUUUCUGGCAGCCAUUUUAUCAGAUGCGCUCAGCUAUGGCCAGGUGAAUGUCGAGCCGAAUACCGCGCUGCUCAACGAGGGCGAUCGCACCGAGCUGCUUUGUCGUUAUGGCCGUGCCAUCAACUAUUGCCGCAUUGAGAUACCCGGCGAACAGAAGGUGUUGAAUCUGUCGCCCACUUGGAGCAAGACGCCAGGAUUCACGUACUAUGGAGCCGGACUCAAUGCCGGACAAUGUGGUGUUAGCAUUGAGCGUGUCAAGGCCAGCAAUAAUGGUCAGGUCAAGUGCAGUCUCGGCGUUGAGGGCGAGGAGCUAUCAGGCACCAUUGAUCUGGUGGUGGCAAUGCGUCCUCAGCAGCCCAUUAUUGAGCUGAUCUCUAAGCCAAAUCGUGAUGGUUACUUUACGGAGGGCACUGAGUUCCAUGCCCGUUGCAUUGUCCGCGAUGGUCGUCCACCAGCCAACAUCUCCUGGUACAUUGACAACAUGCCCGCCAACAAGAACACCGAUCAACUGAAUAUUAUCGCCUCACGCCCCAACGACCAAGUCGAGCUGUCCACCUCAGUUCAGGAGAUCAAUUGGCAUUUGGCACCAGAGGAUAGCAACCGCAAACUCGUUUGCCGUUCCCAUCAUCAAACCGAUCGUGAGAGUGUUCCGCCUCAGGAGGCUGCCUAUAUCAUCAUGGUGCGCUAUGCCCCUGUCCAUCAGCCAGAGGCUUCGGUCUACGGUCUCUAUUUGGAGCACACCGCCGUUGUGAACAUGACAAUCCGCGCCAGCCCGCCGCCAACCAUUGAGUGGAAGGUUGAUGGUGUUGAAAUACCACAGGGUCGCACUGAGGGACGUUAUUCCGCCUAUGAGCCGCAAUAUCUGAGCAACGAUCUGUACAAUGUGACACUGGUGAUUGCUGGACUUACUCUGGAGGAUACGACCAAAACGUACUAUCUUCAAGCCAGCAAUGAAUUGGGUCGCACGAACUACGAAGUGCGCAUCAGUUCCUCGAGCAAGCCGCCCAGCAGCAGCUUAGAUGUGGCUGCCAUUGUGGGUAUUGUUGUGGCCGUUGCUGUUUUGGUCCUGAUUGUGCUGCUUGUGUUGUUUGCGCGUGCCACCGGCAGAUGGUGCUUUGGCGGUAAAUCAAUCAAGACGCCCACAAAUGAAACCAGCGACACCGAAAGCGCCGACAUAAAAGCAACCUCCACCUCAACUGCGACGGCAACAACAACGGCAACAACAGCUGGAGGCGCCACAAUAGAAGCUGGCGAGGCACAGGAGCGGAUGGGGGAGGAGGGGCAGGCAGUUGAGCCGACGACCGGUAAGAUGGUGAAACGUUUGCCAGCCUUUGCCGUUGCCAUUUUAAAGCGAUUCAAUGAGAAGGAUGGCAGCAAGAGCAAGGACUAUAAGGAUAAUGCAGAGACAACGGCAGCAGGCACAAAUGAGCAGACGCAGGACAACAACACAACAACAACAACAACAGCGACAACAAUCGAUGGCAAUGACAAUGAACCAAAGCAAGACAAACAACUCGUCUAUGCUGAACUUGUACUAAAGCCUGCCCAACAGAAGACACCAGUCACAGCACCAACAACAACAAUAGCAGCUACAGCAGCAACAACACCUGUGGAUGCUGCAGCGAAACAGGCAACCGAGUAUGCUGAAAUAGUUUAUGUGCAGAAAGGCGAUGACAAGAAAUGAAAUGCACUAUGAAAUGCCCAAUGAGGCUGUACAACAAAACAACAGCAAGAACAACAACUUUUAAGUAAAAAAACAUUGCGAGCUACAACAAAAACAAAUAAAAACACAACACCCAAUGCAUAAAUAUUAAAAAUUAAAGAAUACUGAUAUUUAAAUACAUUAAAACGCAAAAAAAGAAAAUGAAAAAGUCUUACGUGGUUUUUCAAAAACUCCAUGAUUGUGUGUACUAAACUCUUAAAUCUAAUUAAAUGUAAAACUAUUAAUGUCAGCAAAACAAUAAAAAAAAAAACCUUUACCAAUAAAGCAACCCAAUGAAUGUGUUAUACAAGCAUUUUUUCACAUAAAUAAUUCAUAAAACAUCAAUUAAAAAUCAAUAAAAUAGCGCACAGAAAUUGUCACACAAAACACAACCCACACAUCUAAAUAAAUUUUACAAAAAAUAAAAUAAAUCACCAUACAAUAAAUAAAUAAGAAAACGAGAAAGAAAAUAUAUUAUAAAUAAAAUUUACAUAGGAAAAAAAUAAAACAAAACAAAAUGAAAAAUAUUUGAAUGUCUCAAUUAUUUACAUAAAUGUCUCGCAGUUAAGCUAAACGUAAUUUAAGCCAAGAAAUAUGCAACAAGCGAAAAACAUCAAAAUAUUUUGAUCAAUCCCUUAUUAUUGCUAAACCGAUUUUGUAUACAAAAAAAGGAGUGUUUUUUUUAAGAAUUUUUGAUAUAAACAAUUUGAAAAGCCAGAGCAAAGCAUUUAAUAAAAUAGAAAGAAAGUAAAGGAAAUUAUGACAGCUCCAGAGACAAAUAAUUUUCGAUUUCCAACACACAGAAAUAUUAAUAAGUAUGUAAAAAUUGUGUGAAAUUGUUUCGAAAGUAAUAUUUGGAACCGAAUAUAAAAGAGGAAUCUCAAAAGGCAACGGCGAAUCAAAUUGUAACCGAAAGUAUUUUAUGCUAAUGUUUUGUUUAAUAUUAUUCAACAUUUUCCAUCCAUUUGUCUCAUAGCAAUUUUAAAUAUUUUUUGCGUGUGCUCUACAUACAUACUCUUGUAACUGGCAUAUUAUGUUAUUUACAUAAAUUAUUAAUGUAAUAAUUAUUAUGAUAAUUACGGCUAAUUUAAACACAUAACUAAUUUUAUAUAUUUUGAUUAUUGAUUCUGUAUCUGUAAGUUAUCAUUUGUAUAAAGUUAAGAUGAGCAACUUUUUUGAAUAAAAUUCUUUACCGUAA